AUGAACUAUUUACUUACAUUCAUACUGGUUCCAGGAGGUGAGAAUUGUUUAGCUAAUGCUGAUGCACUAGUGUUUGGACCCGAGUCACUUGACAGUGGCGGAGUCUUCUCUUUGAAGCAACAUUAUGGAAAUGAGAGCUGGGAGAGCUAUGCUCUCUAUCUGGGUAGAUGGGAUCAGGCUGAGCCAAUUGAUCUUGUGAUUCUAAGCCUAACUAACCAAUCUGAUGCCAAUUCAAUAUGUUGGCCAGUGAUUGAUAUGCCGCUUCUCAAAACCGUCGAAACACUUGUUAAAGCCAUUGGAACUGUCAAAUACAUCAACUCCAUGCAUUUCUUUGUCCACAAAGGCAAUGCUACAAUUGAGCUUGUCUCAGGAGUUUCAACUGGCAUACAAAUAGACGUAAUGCUCACUGAGGGUUCUUCAUACUACUUGGAUUUUACAGUGGGAGACGAAAGAGAUGGAUGCGAGGGAAAGCUCAUAGUGAGGGUUUAA